AUGGAAUAAUAUUCAUAAGAAAAUCCAUUGUUUGAAUUGCUAUAUAUUUUGAGAGGUGGAAUUCCAUAGUAGCAAUACUUGUUUCAUCAUAUCUUUCAAUACUUUGACAAAGAUCAAAAAUUAGCCAUAAAACUUUGCAGAAUAUUGAUGAACCAUCAAAAUUGUAAUGAAAAAAAUCAAAAUGGAUUCACACCACUCUAAAUUGCUGUUAUUUAUAACUAAAUAGGUGCUAUUAGAUAUGCUUAAUAGGAUGGUAGAUUCGAUUUCACAGAUGAAACAUUAAUGUAAUUAGCAAUCACUUAUACAUAACUUGAAAUAGUUGAAAUUCUAUUAUUUGUAAGAAUAUUCUUCUCAAUAUUAGGAUGAAGGCUUGUCAGUAAUUUAAACUAAUUUUAGAAAAAUGAAUUCUCAAUCUUCAACUUAUUUAAAAAUUCUAAAAAGAUUAGAAAAAAUAGAAAUUCAUAAAGUUUUAAAAGAGGAUACAUCUGAAUAUUAAGAAAUUAUAGUUAAUGAAGUUCCUCAAUUUCCAAAUACUAAGACUCCAGGAAAAAUUAUGUCAGAUAAUUUAAAUGAAUAUCUUAUCCCAACUGCUUAAUGCAUAUAAACAUUAGAGGAUAUUAAUUAAGAAAAUAUUUAAAAAGAGAAAUAGAAAAAAAGCAAUUUUUGUACUUAAAGUUCUUGUUAAGAAUAUCAAAUUUAAAAAUAACAUAAUUAAAUUAAAGAAAUAAAAGAAAAUCGUAUUUCCUAUUAGAAUUUAUUUAGAAGUGAAAUUGUUGUUGAAUAAUUACUAUCUGUAAUAUUCUUAUUUUAAUAUGUAAUUAAAUAUGCAUAAUCAAGAGCCAUAAUUAGAUUAUGUGAUGUUAUUGUUUCUAAUGUAAAGCAAAACUGAUUUCUAUUAUAAGAAUUUAGAUUGUUUAAUUGAAUAAGUAUUAGUGCUAAUCCCUAAUAAUUACUUACUUUCAUAUUCAAAUUUCGAUUAAACAUAGAAAAUUGAUAAUUAUUGCAAAUUAUUUACAAAAGAUAUUUUAUAAACACUUCAUGAAUAUAAGUAGGUAAUUUUAUACAAUAUUAAAAGUAACUAAAAAGAAAGCAUCAUCAUUUUGAUAAUCUUAAAGCAUUACUUUCAAAUAAAUUAAAAUAUGAUAUUUCAUAUCAAGGUCCAAGUAAAGAUUUACUUUUGAAGUUCCAAAACUCAAUCCAAAUUUAUAGAUGUUUAUUUAAUAUUUUACAUAAACCUUAUAUGAAUUUUAAUUGUACUUUUUUCACUUUAGAAUAAUUUGAGUUAAUAAAUAAAUAAGAGUUUAGAAAUUCAUUUUAAUUGCUUACUACUAACUAGACCCUAUAAACAAACCAUUGA